UCUGUCCAUACCGGCAUGCACGGUUGAAGCAGUGGACUUUGGUCGAGGGCAAUGCAUUAAGAGUUAGACAAUAGCUGCAAAUUACUUUCUAACUUUAAACAGCUGCGAGAAAAAAAUUAACAGACAGCGCAAUGGCUGGACUCAAGUACAUGAGUGGUUUUGGCAAUGAGUUCUCCUCUGAAGACCCUCGCUGUCCCGGAUCAUUACCUGAGGGACAGAACAAUCCUCAAGUCUGUCCCUAUGGCCUCUAUGCUGAGCAGCUCUCUGGCUCUGCUUUCACCUGCCCACGACCAGCUAAUAAGAGGAGCUGGCUCUACCGCAUCCUCCCAUCCGUCAAACAUAAGCCUUUUACGGCAGUACCAUGUGGGAAUCUAACAGAGAACUGGAAUGAAGUGGAGCCCGAUCCUAACCAGCUGCGAUGGCUGCCAUUUACCAUUCCCAAAUCUACAGAGAAGAAAGUGGACUUUGUAGCUGGUCUGCAUACUGUCUGUGGUGCAGGGGAUGCCAAAUCUCGCAAUGGCAUUGGCAUCCAUAUGUACACCUGCAACACUUCCAUGGUUGACAGGUGCUUCAACAACUCAGAUGGAGACUUUCUGAUCGUCCCCCAGCAGGGUGAGAUCUUGAUCACUACAGAGUUUGGGAAGAUGAUGGUGGAGCCGAACGAGAUCUGUGUCAUCCAGCAAGGGAUGCGUUUCAGUGUGGAUGUGUUUGGAGAAACCAGAGGUUAUAUACUGGAGGUGUAUGGAGCCCACUUUGAGCUCCCUGACCUGGGACCCAUAGGAGCCAAUGGUCUGGCCAACCCAAGAGAUUUCUUGUGUCCAGUUGCUUGGUACGAGGAUCGCAACGUGUCCACAGGUUACACCAUCAUCAACAAAUACCAAGGGAAGCUCUUCGCCUGCCAACAGGAUUUUUCUCCGUUCAAUGUGGUUGCCUGGCACGGGAACUACACACCUUACAAAUACAACCUGAAGAACUUCAUGGUUAUCAACUGUGUGGCAUUCGACCAUGCGGAUCCAUCUAUCUUCACUGUGCUGACGGCCAAAUCCACACGACCCGGUGUGGCUAUUGCUGAUUUUGUCAUCUUCCCCCCACGGUGGGGUGUGGCUGAUCACACCUUCCGUCCACCGUACUAUCACCGUAACUGCAUGAGUGAGUUCAUGGGUCUGAUCAAAGGCCACUACGAAGCCAAAGAGGAGGGUUUCCAGCCGGGAGGGGCCAGCCUCCACAGCAUAAUGACCCCACAUGGUCCGGACGUUGACUGCUUUGAGAAGAACAGCACUGCUGAGCUGAAACCUGAGAGGGUGGCUGAGGGCACCAUGGCUUUUAUGUUUGAGUCAUCCUUCAGUAUGGCAGUGACCAAGUGGGGUCUACAGACAUGUCAGAGGCUCGACAAGAGCUACUACCAGUGCUGGGAACCUCUCCGCAGCCACUUUAACCCGAACUGGAAGCCCAGCAAAAAGUAAACAGACAAAGUGACUUAUAAAUAAUUUUAACCAAGUACAGUUGUCAUAUGAAGAUAAAAGUCCUAAUUUCACUUUCUUCAAUGUAACUACCAGCAAUCCAAUUUUAGUGCAACUUGGCUUUCUUUGUAUUUUUUGAUUAGGUGUGUUGACUGAAAAUACAGAAGGAAUGAAGUAUGCCAUGAAAUUUAGGCGUUUAUUUCAUACAGACAACUAUGAUUGGAAUCACACAAUAAAAAAAAAAAAAACUUGCUAUUUGUCAUGUUAGAAAUAAAAAUCACAGCUAGGCUGCAUAAAUUGUUUCUGUACAUGUAACUGCACAGGUCAGUCAUGCCUUACAUGUGCAUUUUGUGUGCCUCCUUUACUUUGAACAGUUUGUAGAUUACAGACAUCAGCACGCCUUUGUUUACUGGAAAAAUGAAUUUUAAAGUGAGGCUGUGUAAUUUUUUAAAGAAGACAUAACACAUUCUUCUUACAAAUAAAAAGGCAAAGUCAUGAGAAAUAAAAGCCAACUCCUUUCAGUUCAACACAGUCAUUGCUGAUACAAUGGUCUGGUAUGACCAGUACUUUAUAGUGGCCAGUGUUAACAAGCCUUAGAUGUACAGUACACAGCAAUACUGAGUACACCCCUUAGUAAUAUCACUAAAAUGUUCAAUGAUUCAAAACUGUGCCUUUUUACAAUAAUUGUAUUAUUUUUAAGUUUAAGUGUAUGGUAUUUAAUCUUAUGUAUAAUUAAAAACAAACAGUUUAGAUGCAUUGAUAGAUUCACAAUGAAUACAAGUUUGUUCACCCAAAUAUUGAAUGAAAAGAUGACUCUCAGUUUGGCAGGAGGAAUUUUCCAAUGUGACAAUGAUCUCAAACACACUGCAAACCUAUGACCUGGCCAGGUAUUUCCCCUGACUUGAAUCCAAUAAAACAGAACACCUUAGGAGUGUUUUAAAUAAGGUAGAGCAACAAAACCUUUUCCAACAAAGAGCAGCUAGAAAGAAUCAUUUGUGAAAAAUGGCAGAAAAUCUUUCCAGAUUUGUGGUAUCAUCCAGUAAGAAUGAACCUGUCAUCAAAAAUAAAGGCAGACAUACAGAAUAAGUAGAGAGAUAAAAAUGAUUCUUACUAAUGAAGGGUACUGAGUUUUGUUGCAGUUGGUUCUUUUCCAAAUCUUCUUGGGCUUUUGCUAAAAACAAAUAAAAUUACAUUAACUGGAAAGGAUUGGUAGUAAACAUUUUAAUGAUAAUGAGGGGUGUACGCAGGUUUGCUGUAUACUGUACAUUCUUGUAGGGCAAACGUCACUGAGUCAUUUCACUGCCUUGAUUACUUCUCUCUCCUAGUGCCAGUUUUCACUACCAUUAUGCCUUAAUUUUCAUUUGUAGCCACAAUAGUUGUUGAGAAAAAGGUAAAAGGUCUUGCUUUAAAUUCUGACCUCAUGCUUUACUAAAAGGUGUGAACAUAAUGUAACCAAUUAAGUUAUCACAUAUUUUUUUUACGUAGUUCUGAUAUUUAAUCUGCUUACACUUCAGAGCAAUCCCUUACUGCUGCCCAAACAUAUUGUUUUAACAGGAAGAACAUCAUUUUCAAAUGGCAAACAGAUUAUUUCAUGGGGUAUUUAAAUAUCUAUAUAUAUCUCAAUGGUCACUAAUGAUUAACACAAAUGUAUCUUUACUUUCUCUGUGCAUAUUUUUUAUCGAUUUGGCAAGGACUUUAGCUUGUGAGCUUACGAUCAGCAACAAAUAUGUUGCUCUAACACCGUGUGUGUGUGUGUGUGUGUGCAUUACCCUGUUUUGUGAAAACAUAAAUUGUGCACACAUUCACAA